GUUUUAAUAAAACAAGAGAGCCAGAAAUAAAUUAAGACUGAAAAGGAGAUGGGGAUAAUGGCGGAAGUGAGCAACAAGCAGGUUAUAUUGAAAAACUACGUGAGCGGGAUUCCAAAGGUAUCUGACAUGGAAAUCCGGACGGCCACCGUGAAGCUCGAGCCCCCGACAGCGGCCACCAAUGGCGGUGGCGUAUUCGUCAAGAAUCUCUUCCUUUCAUGUGAUCCCUACAUGCGAACUCGCAUGACGAAGCUCCCCCCGAAUACCGGCUGCUACCUCGGUGUCAAUAGUACCUUCAAACCCGGCGCCACUCUUGAGGGUUUGGGAGUGGCAAGAAUAAUAGAAUCUGGCGGUAAUCCGGACUUAAAGAAGGGAGAUUUAGUAUGGGGAAUCACUGGAUGGGAGGAGUACAGUGUCAUGAAUGUGGAGACGCUUUUCAAGAUCCAACAUACCACUGAUGUUCCUCUUUCUUAUUACACUGGAAUUCUGGGAAUGCCCGGAGCGACGGCGUAUUUUGGAUUUCAUGAGGUGGCGGCCCCAAAGAAAGGAGAGUGUGUGUAUGUUUCAGCGGCCUCUGGAGCAGUUGGUCAGCUUGUUGGCCAAUUCGCCAAACUUUUUGGUUGCGGCCGUGUUGUUGGGAGUGCUGGCUCCAACGAAAAGGUUGAAUUGUUGAAGAACAAAUUUGGGUAUGAUGAUGCCUUCAAUUACAAAGAGGAGCAAGAUCUGAACAUGACUUUGAAAAGGUACUUCCCUGAAGGAAUAGACAUUUAUUUUGAGAAUGUUGGAGGAAAAACCCUGGAUGCGGUGCUUCUGAACAUGAAUACUCACGGGCGGAUAGUAGUAUGUGGUAUGAUUUCACAGUACAACAUUCAAGCAGAGGGAACUGAAGGCGUUCAUAAUUUAAUGACCCUCAUCAGUAAAAGGAUUCGCAUGGAAGGAUUUCUGGUUUCUGAUUAUUAUCAUCUCUACUCUGAAUUUCUUAAGACAGUCCUUUCAUACAUUAAGGAAGGGAAGAUUGUGUACGUGGAAGACAUUGCAGAAGGUAUUGAAAGUGCUCCUAAGGCUCUCGUCAAUAUUUUUACGGGUGCUAAUGUUGGGAAGAAAUUGGUGCUUGUCUCACGCGAAUAAGUGCUUCCUUAUUUCAAUUCAAUCAUGCACCUUUCAUUAUUACCAAUAAUAACUAGCAGGUCGGCGGUCAUAUUUUCAAUUUGAGAAACUAUUAUCAUUGAAAAUCAAAUUCCAUGUUAUCUUUAUGUUACAUGUAAGGAUUAUUGCAUUGUUG